CCACUGCACUCUCUCUGAUUGAUUCCAUUCUUUCUUCUCCGGGAUCUGCAAUUCUUACGUUCAUCAUCGCUUAAUUAAUUUAAUUUUUUCUGUGAAAUUAAUUCUGUUGGGCUCAAAGAAAUACCCGAUUUCUUACAAUCAAUCAAUCCCCACCGCCAUUGAUUCAUAAAAAAAAUGAUAGGUCUGGGUUUAUCUGCUCUGAUAGGCAUAAAGGCUGCAUCUUUAUUCAUCCUCUUCGCGUAUCUUAGGGUUCUAAGUUUCACUCUUCUCUCAAUCCCCUUCCUCUACGCAUCUCUAGUAUCUCUCCUGGUCGCAAUCGCUUCCCACCCAUCAAUUAAUCUGCCGAUUCUCCUGGGCAAAGGCUCCGAUGGGAGAUUCCCGAUUUGGGCGCUGAUUAUCUUCAGUCCGUACUUGUAUUUCGUUAGGGCUUUUUCAGCUCUCAGAAGGUUUACAAGUGGGGAGGCUCCGUAUACCGAGAUUUCUCAAGGGUUGUUUGUUGGGGGUUGGCCUUACUCCAAUGAUAAGCUGCCACCUGGCAAGCCCGCCAUUGUCGAUUGCACCUGCGAGUUGCCGAGGAAGGAGGAGGUUUCCGGGAGUGCGUACUUGUGCGUUCCCACGUGGGAUACGCGCUCCCCUCAGCCGAGCGAGAUCGAGAGUGCUGUGAAUUGGGCUUGUAGGAAGAGGAAUCAGAAGAUUCCCGUUUUUAUCCACUGCGCUUAUGGUCAUGGAAGAAGUGUGGCAGUAAUGUGUGCUCUGUUAGUAGCUCUUGGGUUGGCUGAAGAUUGGAAAAACGCAGAAAAGAUGAUUAAAGAAAAACGGCCUUUCAUUCGUAUGAAUGCUCUUCACCGCCAAUCCCUCGAAGAAUGGUCAAAGCACCGAUUAUCUCCACUUAAAAGGAGAUAAUCGACUAUUCGCAAUGGAUUUUUUAAUUGAUGUUACCCCAUAUUUCAACACUUUGUUUCUUUGAUGUAUUGCAAUUAAUUUCACUUUCUUCCCUGUAUUUGGAUUGUGUUU